GGGGGGGGGGGGGAAACAUUCAUUGCAUUCUUGUGCGAAUGAACUCGGAGCACAGAGUGCUGUGUACAAAGAGAUGAAAGGAUGUUCCGAGGCGGCCCAUCUGUGCGCUGGCGUAGGAGGUGUUGGGUUUAGGGAGAGUGUUGGCCAGAUUGCCUGACGGUCCCGGUCCAACAGGGGGUGUUGCGUCACUCAAAAGACGUCGGGAAGAAGAGACGAAGAGGCCAAGGGACUCUGCAGAAGCCUUUCUCUGUGGAGGUCACACAGUGACCCAAAGCACUCACUUUCUAAGCCCUGAGAGAGGACUAAUAACCAGAUUUAUGACUGCCUGUAAGCUGGCUCUGUAAUCUGCAUUACUGGCCUUUGUGUGUGUGUGUGUGUGUGUGUGUGUGUGUGUGUGUGUGUGGUGUGUGUGUGUGUGUUACUAAGUGAAAAUGCAAAUGAAUCUAUAUGAGAGUGUGACCGAGUGAGUAAAAGUGAGCAUAAGUUUUUUGUUUUGUUUUGGGGUUUAGUUUUUUUUUAGAAUGUUGCAGCCUUUAUGGUUGUGCAAGAGAGCACCCAAACGUGUGUGUGUGUGUGUGUGCAUUUGAGUGUGUGUGUGCGCAUUUGAGUGUGUGUGUGUGGUGAGUGAAAGGGGAUAGUGUGCAAGCAGGUCAGUGUGCAAUGUUGCUGUGGGUGUGGAAGAGCUUGGUUAAGUUCAGAUGUACACAGCCGCAGAGAUGGAGCAUCUCUACUGAGGGAGAUGCCACACACUUAUUUUAAAAUUAUAAUUAGACGAAGAUGGUGGAACAGCCUGUUUAUCUCACUGACACACCACACACACACACACACACACACACACACACAACACACACACACACCACACACACACACACACACAUACACACACACACACACACACACACACACACACACACACACACACAGACAUACAGACAAAUGAUCCAAAUCAUUCUGGCUCCACCCAUACCUCUGGUUGUGUGAUAGGACUGCAUUCAUGUCAGUGUGGGAGAAUAAUUGUAUGGCCUUUUUUUUCUCAUUGCUACAAAGUGUGUGUGUGUAUAUACAUCUAAAGUCUAACAGAUAGCUAUAUACAUGUGUUGUAAACUUCACAAGCCUUGCAUUUGUUUGCAUAUUUUCUGUUUGUAAAGUGAGACCAGCCGUUAUUUUGAAUGUCCCUUUCUUGGGGCAAGAUGAACGUUUUGUGAGCAUCGGCAUUUCGAUUUGUAUUCCUAGUAACGGGGACGGUCAACAACCCCUGUUCAGCCCUCGUGAAGGAGCAGUCUGGGUGGAAGCCCCAGGUCUUGUGAACAGAUCGGGGACAGAGAUGCUACAGCCCUACAACUCCAUACGGUUUCUGAAUGACACCGUUUCAAUGUCAAUUCACCUCCAUUGCUGCUGCCAACACCUAACCACCACUGAGAAUUACAGAUGUUUUAUUUUUUAAAAGACAAUUUGAAGGUGUUUUUUUUUCCCCUUCUCCAGAAAAAUCAGUAACAGUAUUUGUCAGCUGUUAAACAAUCAUAAUCGUGUGUGUAUACUGACACUAUGAAUUGCAUUCAUUGUACCUGAAGGAAAGUUGAGUGUGUAUAUCAUUCCUUUUUUUAUUUUCCCUUAUAUAACAUUAUAAAGAUAUGAAACGGAGAUUUAUUGCAAAGUGAAUGUGAUAAAAAAAGGUCCACUCUCAAAACACUUGUCUAGUUGUCUGAUUUGAAUAUGCAUCCAACAUUUAUAUCACCACAGCUUUCUACCAGUGUUGCAGUGAAACAGAAACCCCAGCCUUUGCCCAUUUAACUAGAAUGUGUGUGUUUUUUUUUUUAAAGAAUGUUAAAUAAGGUUCACAGCCAAACUUCAACUGUGCAUUUGUUCGUUCCAAAUUUGGUUGUGACCAAUUAUUUGAAAUCAACACCAUUUGCUAUUUUUUGUUCCGUGUCCCAUGGUUUCUGUGGCGGAUCCAUGUGGCUGAUACUGUGGCAUUGUUUGGAGUGGCCCCUGCCCUGCAUAAUUAAAGUGGAAGGCCAGGAGCGCUCUGCAGACGAAGGGUUGCCACACACACAGACAGAUUAAAGGGGCAGGAUUAACAUCAUGUUCCUGACCACACACAAAACCCAAAUCCGUUGUUCAAACAAUCAAUCUUCUGUUUUGUGUCCUACUCACUUUCACACUCUGACCCAAAAGAGUUAAUGAGGGAUAGCACAAAAAUCAUGGGAUGGGGUCACUAGGAAUCACUGACUUCACAUAAAAAAAACAUAAGCGGGGUGUGUAGGUAGUUUUCUCAUGCAAAUGAGGCUUAAUCGCGCAGGGUCAUGAGUGGGAGCAUGCGUGUGCAUGUGAUGGAGGAGCCGUGUGCAUUGUUGCCUGAAAGCGUUAUGUUUUAUUUAGCACCAUCCUGGUGGCGUACACACGAACAACAACCAUCAUGUUCUUGCACAUAUUCACGUAAUGUGUUAAUGCGUGCCCGCGUUCACCCCACUUUUCGCAUCAUAUUUUCUGAGGUAGAAGAUUUUUUUUUGCAAUAUAAUUGAGAUCUUUUAAGGGAAAUAAAAAAAUAAAUGUAGAUUACUAAUAUUAAUGAGUGUUUGGUAGAAAGUACUGACAUUCAAUGUACCAUUCUGGCCUGCGUUUUUACCCCUACUGUGCUUAAUUACGUUAAUAAAUCAACUUUUCAGUCGUCGAAUAUGCAAAUGAUUAUCCACAGAUAUGUGUACAUUUCCCUGAUAAUAUGGAAGAAAACUUCCUAAACUGAUGGCGACAUCAGUGCAUGGCAAUAAUGCCACAGAGAUAACUGGAAGGGAAUGAGCGAAGAUGCUCUAUGUCUCUGCGUAAUGACGCCUGGGAGGAAAGUGGAGCAGCUCAGCUCGAGUUGAGGCUGUGUGGGGAAGAGUGAGCUCAAAUCGGCUGCCAAAGCGCUCCACCGAAUGAGAGCAAACCGGGUGUCCAAGUUUCCCCAGGCAAUUUUAUGCGAGCCGUAGAUGAGCUAAAGCGCAUGGAGACCACGGGUCAUCCGCUCCUAGUCACUCCAUAUGAUUGUCUACACUAUACAUUUGUGCAUUAUAUUUGUAUUAAAGUCUUUCUUUCAACUUCAGCACCACUGAAAAGACUAAAUAGCCUACCUUGGGUUUACCAUCUUUGAGAAGGCGUGUUUUCGCCUCCCAAGUUCUGUAGAUCCCGCAUCGCCUUAAUGACUCCUCUACGAACGCCUACUCGUCCCCUCACCUACCAGAAUGCAGGCGAAGGGUUCAAGGUUCCCCACGCUUCUUUACGUAAAUGCAUGCGUCCCAGGUGUUCUGCUGGCCCGCUGUUCCGCUCUGCCACUAGGCCGCCACCCACGCCGUGCUUUCUGCGCAUUUGAAAUCUCCCCGGCUCCUCUGCUGUACUCCCACUCAGUGGGGCUCGCAAUCGCAUUUGUCCACCUUUCUUUGUAAUUACUCAUUUUCACCGAGCUGCAGUUGAAUACUUCACAGUUCUGACAUAUUUAUGCGGUGUGCGUGUUCUGCAUUACGCGUCUUUUCCCUUCAGUCUAUGUUGAGAAACUCUGCACCUCAUCACCAGAGCCUAGUAUAUAAGCAAAACGGAUAGUUAUUUAUAAGCUUAUAAGAAUACGACAAUUGCAGGCAAUACUUAACCAGUUUUAUUUAUGCGAUGGCUUUUACUCUGCGCUGUUACAGGCCCUAUCCAUCUCCACUAACCAUCCAUUCUUUUCCUUGGACGGCGUAGUGGACUUACAAAGACCUUAAUUUAAUAACGUUAGCCAGCAAUGGGACCUAAUUGGCUUUUUCUUACGUGUUGUGUGUAUAUAUACUGUAAAAUACAGCCACCCUGUAUUUCAAUUGUACAAAGUAUCCUACCCUUGCAUUCAUUAGACGACGUUACAACGUCCUGUCCAAACCUGAGCAGCAUCUUGCUACAAGAGGAUGGUAAACACACAUCUGUAGGCUGGCCUGCAUUCAAUAGGUCUGUGUACCCUGGUGCUGACUCGUCGACUGUCAGAAAGCAUAAAAGUAGGUUAAGUGGGUUGCAAAGACGGUGUUUAUUGGAAGCAUUCAUUCAUAGGCAUUAUGAGGACGCUUCCUAGGGAGUCUGCCAAAGAUGGCAUUUAAUUCUCAGUCUGUGAGUCGCUUGCUGCACUCUACUCCCACGAGAGACGGCCUUACUGCCUCUUUGCAACAGUCAUUCAUUCCCACAUCUUGUUUCCUGACACACCAGAGCAUACCAGACAAGAAUUAUACUUUCUUAUUUUAACGACGACAGUAAAAUUAGGAUUGUUUAGGGUGUGUGUUAGAGUUAACUAGGCUACGCGUAGUUAAUUCGAAGGCAAAUGCUACUUUAUUUCAAAUGAGCUAUGGUGUAGGCUAUAGAUAGUGAUAGAUAGUAGGCUAUACUCUGCAAAAAGCCACAUUGUUUAGCUCGUUUUGCCAGUGACACACGAGAAAAAUUAAGAACCGCAUCCAUUGCAAAUUUAAAGCCUAACAGAUGAAUGGCCUAUUAAAGAAAACAUUGUGGGAAUCCACGGGACGGCGAUAAAUACCUGCGAUGGCUUCACUAGCCCCUCUUCACUGUUCUUUUUUCCGACAGUGGGGGUCGCCAAGAAUACUACACUGAAUAACUCUCAGGCCUGUGGGUACGGUACCUUUCCGUCAACUCCGCUGUCGAUGGAAGCCACAAAAACACAGACGCCCACCUACCGCUACCGCCGCUCAGCUCUACACUCUCUACUGAGCCCUUCAAAAUGGCGGCAGCUUCCUCCAUCCAGCCGCCGAGCGUACACGCAAUAAAGCAGGACAAUUCACCUUUCCCGGACUCCGACAGCCCCGAGAGCCGGCAUGAUGAAGACGCGCCAUCUGAGGGUACGAGUCUUCGAGAUUUGCCCGUUUUGGAUCCGGAGGAAAUCGAGAAGAGAUUGGAGAAAACUAACCGUGAGCUGAGCAACAGGAGAAAAAUCCUCAUUAAGAACCUGCCACAAGAUACAACUAACCAGGAGGUCCAUGACAUUCUGAAGGAGUAUGAGCUCAAGUACUGUUUUGUCGACCGGAACAAAGGCACAGGUAAUUGCCCGUCUUAUAUCACCACAGCGCUCCCACCAAUAUAUCAAAGGAUCCUCGGGAAAAUGGAUGCCUGCUUGUCCGAUGCCUGCAGCCAGCCAUUUCUGGUGGUUGUACGGCACCCGAAAAGACACACCUUUCCCAUGCAAGCCAUCCAGACCUGCUCUGUGUCUGCCUCCCAACCCUUAGCCCCUGGGGUCCUGCCAAGGAGCCCAAAGUCUGACCGCGGCUCUAUUGUUGGCCAUGGUAUUGUUUCGGUGGCUGCACCCAUGCAUUAUCAGGCCACACGCAUGAUGCACUGUUUCCUCAGUGCUCGCCUCAGUGCUCUCAACAAAUUGGAGCCGCUGCCUCUUACUCUGGAAAAACACCUCGGCAAGACGCUCGGGCUCGGGCUGUUUAAUUACCAUUUGGCCUCCGACGGCCCGCAGCUCACCCAGCCAGCCAUGUAUGGCCUCACCGUGGCUCUUCCAAAAGCACCUCACUACAAAUGUCGGCCAGUGUUGCGCAGGGAAAUCCAUGACGGAAUUCCAAAGAGUCUCUAUGAGGAGUCUCUGUGCUGUGCUGUACUGUCCUCCUCUCUGGGUCUCUAUGAGGAGUCUCUGUGCUGUCCUGUGCUCUUCUCUGAGUCAGAGUCUCUAUGA